GGCGCUUCUUUCAAUUUGUUUUCAGUUUCGCCAUUUCCCUCCACUCUCAAGCUCUCUUUUGCUUCUCUCGCUUUCUCUGGUGACCCGAAUCUGCUCUGAUUGAGAGAAAUGACGACGAUGGAGCAGCGUAGAAACCAGAAUGCUGUCCAACAACAAGACGAUGAAGAAACCCAGCACGGACCUUUCCCUGUCGAACAGCUUCAGGCAGCAGGUAUUGCUUCUGUUGAUGUAAAGAAGCUUAGGGAUGCUGGUCUCUGUACUGUUGAAGGUGUUGCUUAUACUCCGAGGAAGGAUCUCUUGCAGAUUAAAGGAAUUAGUGAUGCCAAGGUUGACAAGAUUGUAGAAGCAGCUUCAAAGCUAGUUCCUCUGGGGUUCACUAGUGCGAGCCAGCUCCAUGCUCAGAGACAGGAAAUUAUUCAGAUUACCUCUGGAUCACGGGAGCUCGAUAAAGUUCUAGAAGGAGGUAUUGAAACUGGUUCCAUCACAGAGUUAUAUGGUGAGUUCCGCUCUGGAAAGACUCAGCUGUGCCAUACACUGUGUGUGACUUGUCAACUUCCCAUGGAUCAAGGAGGUGGAGAGGGAAAGGCCAUGUACAUUGAUGCUGAGGGAACAUUCAGGCCACAAAGACUCUUACAGAUAGCUGACAGGUUUGGAUUAAAUGGAGCUGAUGUACUAGAAAACGUUGCCUAUGCGAGGGCGUAUAAUACAGAUCAUCAGUCAAGGCUUUUGCUUGAAGCAGCAUCAAUGAUGAUUGAAACAAGGUUUGCUCUCCUGAUUGUCGAUAGUGCUACCGCUCUCUACAGAACAGAUUUCUCUGGAAGGGGAGAGCUUUCGGCUCGACAAAUGCAUCUUGCAAAGUUCUUGAGAAGUCUUCAGAAGUUAGCAGAUGAGUUUGGUGUGGCUGUUGUUAUAACAAACCAAGUAGUUGCGCAAGUAGAUGGUUCAGCUCUUUUUGCUGGUCCCCAAUUUAAGCCGAUUGGUGGGAAUAUCAUGGCUCAUGCCACCACAACAAGGUCUGUAAUGUUUGCAAAUUCGACAAAUCCAUGUUUCUUAGUGUUUUUUGUUAGGGUUCGUUAGGAAAGUGUGUUUGUUAUGAUAAUUGAUACAGGUUGGCGUUGAGGAAAGGAAGAGCAGAGGAGAGAAUCUGUAAAGUGAUAAGCUCGCCAUGUUUGCCAGAAGCGGAAGCUCGAUUUCAAAUAUCUACAGAAGGUGUAACAGAUUGCAAGGAUUGAUGUUUUUGGCCACAACAAUGCCUUGCUUCUCUCUGCCUUAUGUGCUUUUUUUUAGCAACCCCUUCACUUGUAUUGAUGUCAAAAAACCGUUUUCUUUUGUUUUUGUUUUUAACUGUUGAUCAUAGUGUAAGCGUACAAGUAAGUGAUGAUGGAGCAAAAGAGCUUUGUAAGUAAAGUUUUUCGGGUAAUGAACCUUUUGUGUUUCACAAACGCACACAGCCUCGUGG